AUGUUUGACGGAGCCAAGUCUCCCAAAGAUAAAUAUCAAUCCGAACGCACUAUCCGUGUCGACGCUAUGCCUCCUCCUUAUCGAUCCACAUAUGUGGUCGAACCAACUCUCGUACCUGUUAAUUCUUACCACGAAAGUAUGUACUAUGCUCAAGAACGAGAACGAGAACGGGAAAGAGAACGCGAGAGAAUACUAGACUUCGAGCGGGAGAGGGAAAGAGAAAGAGAAAGAGGACGAAGACCGAGCUGUUCAGAUCUCUUCCAUAAUAUCGAUGUGAUACAACGUCUAGGCGAAAGAUUCAAGGGGUUGAACACGACUUUUUCGCACCCACCGACCCCAGUGUCCCUUGCGAACCCUAGCGCAGCCAGUCGUACUUCUUCAAGUGCUGGUAACAACAACACAAAUGCUCGAACGCAGACACAGACACAGACACAAACCCAAACAAACGAGAGUUUUGCGAACACGACAAUCUUGGCAGCGAGAAUUAAAGAGCUAGAAAGGGAGAAAGAGUUAGCGAGAGAAAAGGAAAUCGAAAAGCUGAGCGGUGGAUUGAAUGGUGUUCGGGGAGAUAUCAAGGGGUUGCAGAUGAAAUCUGAGAGGGAAGAAGGGAGAAGAAAGGGGAGAAUAGAGGGGAUGGGUAUCAAGAUUUUGAGUACUGGGAAUAUACUUCCAUUUGGGGAAACAUGGAUCAACACAAAUGGGGAAAUUAAUACUUUCUCGGCACCCCGCGGCCAAGAUCGAGAAAUCGAGACAUCGAGACGAAGAAAUGAGACGGAAAAACAGAAUACGCAGAAUGGAGUUGAUGAGGAAACUAUUUUUCGCAGGAUAGAUGAUAAGUUUGCGGAGGGAAGGAUUGAUCGAUUGGCGGAUGCGGAGAGAGCGUUUGGAGAGCGACAACGGGAGAUGGUUGCGGUGAUGGGGAGAGGUAGGGAUAAUGAGAGUGCGGUUAGGAUGAAUAGGUUUGAGGAUAGAGUGGAGGGGUGGGUGGAAAGGGUUGAGGAUCGGGUGGAGAGGAUUGUGGAGAGGGAGAUGGGGAGGGGAAGGGUAUAUGGGGAGGGUGUAGGAGUUAGGGAUAGGGACAGGGAUAGGGAGAGAGAAAGAAGAGAUAGGAGUGAGGUUGGACGAGAAAGAUAUGCGAGACCUAGAAUUAUGAGAGAGAGGGAAAGGGAGAGAGAUUGGGAGUAUGGAUAUGAGAAUAGAGCUGUAUCUGGGGGGGCUAGAUAUCGAGGGUAUGUGUAG